GCGGCGCAGAGCACCGGCAGUGCCCGGGCAGUACCGCGCGCACCGUGCAGACGCCCCGCUGCCCAUGGCGCCGCCCAUGGCGCACCGCCCGGCGCCCCGGCCUCGGGCGCGCCUCGCCCUGCACGUGGCCGCCCUGCUCGCCGUCGUCAUUGAGGCCAUGAGCGCCGAGCCGUCGGGGCUGGCCAGCCCGGCGGCCGCCGUCGCGCCGCCCGCCACCACCACCCUCGCGGCCAGCGCCGCCUCCACCCCGGCGGCCGCGGCGGCCGUGACGGCGGCGGCCGCCGCGGGCUCCACGUCGGCCAGCCCCACCACGGCGCACCCGCACAACGCGACGGCGGCCGCGGCCACGCCGGCCCCCGUGACCGUGGUCAUCCACAGCGCCCAGCACGCCGGCGCGGCCUCGUCGCCCGCCCCCGUGGCCUUGGCCGGGCACACGGGCGCGCCGGCCGAGGCCAAGGCGAGCGCCAGCACGCCCGGGCCGCACUCUAGCCUGGCCGCGCACAUGGCCUCGGCGGCGACCUCGCCGGCGCCCGUGUCGGACCUGCUCAAGAGCGCCCCCGUGGCCGUGGCGGCAGCCCUGGCUGGGGCCGCGGCCGUGCCGGGGGCCGUCGCCGGGGUGCAGGUCGGACCCUCCCCUCAGCACGUCGCCCCGCACGCCGCCCCCAACGGCACGGAGGGCCGCGGCCUCCACGGCCACGCCAACGGCACGGGGCUGCACGGCCGUAGCCUGCUCGCGCAGGGGCUGUACGAGGCCGUGCUCAGGUACACCGCGCGCGACUUUAGGUCGUGCAACGGCAUGCGCUGCAUGGAGCGGCUCAAGUCGGUCGAGCGCGACGCGGCCAUGGUUUGCGGCGUCUGGGAGAACGACAUGUUCGUGUUCGCCAACAUCUGUGACCUGCUGUGGUUCAACUGCAUGACCGAGAGAGUGUACCAGCGGGUGGACAGCUCACUUUGCGGACUCGCCCCGUACCAGGGGUCACAGGUCGCCAUCGGCGCCGCGCUGCCACCGCCACCGCCCUCACAACAACUGCAGUCGGCGCCAGCGCCGCCCCCGCCCGUGCAGGCCAUGAUGCCGCCGCCGCCGCCUCCUGGGCCGCCGCCGCCGCCGCAGCCGCUCAUCCCCCCCGUGCUGCCCGCCAUGCCGCAGUCCCAGGCCGCGCCCCAGGCGUACGCCGGCCAGGGCGGCUACGGCGACAUGGCGCAGAUGCAGGCGCAGCAGAUGCCGCAGCAGAUGCCGCAGCAGGGUCUCGGCAGCUACGCGAAAUAAAAACCAAGACUGAUGCUCAGUA